CAUUCCGUUGUGAAGAUAUCAAGUAGGAGUCAUGUGUUUGUGCAUGACUAUCAGAGGCCUACUUACAAAUCCUGGGGUGACGUGACUCAAUACUAUAAGAGAAGAAAGGAAGCUUAUUGUGCUGAACGGACUUCUAGUUUGCCUAGUUUGACAGAUGGAAGUGAUCACAAAUUUAGACAACAAAGCACUGAUAAUGACUUAUCUUGUCCAUCUACUAGUAAUUCACCUCUCUCGUUCAGAAAUGUUCAUGAUUCAGCUUGUUCUUCAGGAAACCUUAGCCUACCGAAUAUCGUAAGUGUGAAUACAAUUGCACCAGAUCGUGAGAUGAAGGACAACUUUUCAAGUAGCAGACAGUCUUAUACAUCAAAUAGCCAACAAGCAGAUAUACACUGGAAAAUCUCUCCGAGGACAAUGCAGUUACUUCCAAAGUCUUCCCAACCUAAAAUUUCCCUGCCAAAAUUAUUCGAAGAACAGAAAGAAAAGUAUCCCUCAAUUGAUAAAGGCAGUGCUCAUAAUGUAACAAAAAGGGAGGCUGCUGCUGAAAAGUCUGUUGGUGUUGACAAAAUAAAUGGAACCCCCACAGGAAAAGGAUCUGUGGAACCAGAAGCUAUUAUCCAGUCAAAUCUUCGUGAGAGGCUUGGUUGCAUUUAUGACAAGGUUCUUGUGGUUGAUACUGUCUCUGCUGCAAAGGAAGUAGUUGGUAUGCUCACAAAUCAAUACAGGCAUAUGGUCCAUGCAUGUGACACGGAAGUAUCAAAGAUUGAUGUUAAGCAGGAAACACCAGUUGAUCAUGGAGAAAUUGUAUGCUGCAGUAUUUAUUGUGGACCGGAAGCGAAUUUUGGAAAUGGCAAGUCUUGUAUCUGGGUAGAUCUUCUUGAUGAGGACGGGAGGAAUCUUUUGGCUGAAUUUGCUCCUUUUUUUGAAGACCCGUCAAUUAAAAAGGUGUGGCACAACUAUAGCUUUGAUAACCAUGUUAUAGAGAAUUAUGGACUUAAACUUGAUGGUUUCCAUGCUGAUACAAUGCACAUGGCCCGAUUGUGGAAUUCAUCAAGAAGAUUAGAAGAGCAAUGGGUGGUGUAGAAAGGUUGAAAUUGAAUGGGGAAACCAUGCCCUAUCCAACAGAGUUCAGGAAGCUGUCCAGGCAAUGUUAAACUUUGUCAAAAGAGAGGGCCCCAAGGGAUGGGAUGACCCAUGGAGUUAAAUAUCAACUUUUUUUUCCUUUUUUUUUUUGAAUUGUUAUGUCAUUGAAUUCAGGCAAUGGUGGUCCUCCUUUUAGUUGUUUGAUUUUUUUAUAGGUACGGAAUGGCAUCUAUAGCGAAGUUAGUAGAUUAGUAUAGUUUCUUUUCUUCUGAAAGAACUUAGAGUUUCAAUGGAAAGUUCAAAGACUUGUAUAUCUGACAUAAUUGUGGCAUGAAUGAAG